UACCUCCAAAGAAACGUGUGAAUCACUGAUCACCAAACAAAGGAGAUAGACUUCAUACAUACACUUAAGGUCAUUGUACUCUUCAUCACUUCACAAACCUCAUAAUAGCCAAAAGGUUCUCCCUGAUCAUACAUAUAAAAGUUCAUCCAAAACUUAGCGGAAUUUUUCACUGAACAUAGUCAACAUACAGAAUCUUCAAGGCAAAUAAUGGCCUUAAACAUCUCAAGACUGCCACUAACAAUAAUAAUCCAAAAUGGUAAUUAUUGGUUAAAAAUUCAAAAAUGAUGAAAAAUGAAGAAAUUUUUAAACGACUUUAGUUCCGGACCAAAGUGGUUGUGGUCCGGUCCGGUCUUGGACCGGUGCUCAUGUGUAGUUUACGAAGUACUCAAUAUUGUUGAGAAAAAGGGAAAAUAAAUUUUCGAGCUAUUGAUGCUUCUAAAAUCAUACUUCUGAAUCGAAAGAUUUUGCAAAUACAACUUUCAUCUAUUAAAAUGGAGCAAAAAAUUAAAUUUCCACUAACAUUGAGUUGACUAAGUCACCGUGAUUUACAAUCUCUGAUCGAGGUGUGGGGAUCUUGAGAUCGGGGAUUCAACCUUUCCAGGCAACCUUUAGGAAGAGUGCAAAGUCUGAUAAAAUCACCAUUUCCAUGUUUAUUUCCCUUUUAUCUGUGUAUAUAAUUUUGGUCAACGGUGAAAUCCAUUAUUUCAAAGUGAUAACCCGCUUUGACCUGGUUAAUCCGUGUCCCGAUUUACCGGUCCCGGCAACAUACGAUUUUAUCCGCACCAGCAUCGUAUACUCGGAAAUUCGACGCUGGGAGGAAGGGACAGGGGCUGAAUCAAACAAACUUACCUAUCAAGACAUCAUCAUCGUACUGCUCAAAAUCCCAAUCCUCGUCGAUUGCUAUUAAUGAUGUCCUCGCCGAAAAAGCCGCCGGCGGUGAAAUCCGAACGUCCACCGACGGCGAUCACGCACCAACCCGCCUCCCCUCGCUUUCCAUCCGCGACACCCACCGCGGGGGCACAGCGUAAGAUCGCAAUCGCCGUAGAUCUCAGCGACGAGAGCGCCUACGCCGUGAAGUGGGCAGUACAGAACUACCUCCGGCCGGGCGACGCCGUGAUCCUGCUACACGUCCGACCCACCUCCGUCCUAUACGGCGCCGAUUGGGGAGCCAUCGAUCUGUCCGUCGUGUCGGAGGCCGCGUCCGCCAGCGACGAGGAGUCGCAGCAGAAACUCGAGGACGAUUUCGACAAUUUCACGACCUCAAAGGCGAACGACGUGUCGCAGCCGCUGGUGGAGGCGAAUAUUCCGUUCAAGAUCCAUAUCGUGAAGGAUCAUGACAUGAAGGAGAGGCUCUGCCUGGAGGUGGAGAGGCUUGGGCUGAGCGCUGUAAUAAUGGGUAGCAGAGGAUUCGGAGCUUCCAGGCGAAGUGCUAAAGGGAGGCUUGGGAGCGUCAGCGAUUACUGCGUGCAACACUGUGUGUGUCCUGUUGUUGUGGUGAGAUAUCCAGAUGAUAAAGAUGGGUGUGCGGGUCCCACCAAAGCUGCUGACGAGGAUAUGAUGUGCCUUCACCCUGUGCCUGAGGAAGAAGCCAUUUAUCACGACGCCUCAGACAAAGCUCCAGAUAUGGGGAACACAUCUUGAGAAAACAAAGAUGACAGAUAAGGGAUGUUUAGAAGUGAUGAACAAAAGGCAGUUGGGUUGUGGACUCCUAUGUAAACGCGAGAAACAGAAAUGGUAAUCCGGCGUUCAGUUCUAGCUGGUUAAGUGUGGAGUGAUCGGUUGGCCUUCACCAGCCUGCAUUGUUUUUCAUGUACCAAAGAUAUAUACUUUCCAGACUUGCUUUUCAAAGAUUUCCCCUACCACAUAAGUCAUUUUCUAAACUUUGAAAUGCAGUUUAUGUUUAUAUUGAAUGGCGUUUUGUGGGUUGAUGUUCAAUUAGCCAGUACCUUCAGCAUUAGCUAUGUUCUAUUUUUUUUAGCUAUGUUCUAUAGAUUCAAAAUGCUUUUAUCAAAAUAUAUUGUUUUGUUGCUGGUA